AUGGUCCUCUUCACGUCUCCCCGGGGUGUCGCUAUUCGACUUGCCCAAACGGAGCCCAUUCGCGACAGGAUCGAGCGUGUCACUGCUGACUUGAAGGAGCUCAAGGAAUUCCUUCCGAUCGAGUUAUCACCACGACGGCACCAGAGACUGCAGGACUUUCUGACCUCGGAGCUGACCGAGCUCAAUUCUUUCCAUGACCUGCCGUUUGCGCUCUAUGACCAAGAGGCAAAGGUUGAUUAUCUGCUGCUCAAAAACUUCCUCGAAAGGGAAGUUCGCACAUUGGACCUUGAAGCCAAGCAAGAUGAAAAGCUGUCUCCGCUGGUACCAUUUGCUAAUACAUUGGUGGAUCUCUGCGAGGCUCGCACCUUGGUGAUGCCAAUGGAUCCCAAGGUGACUGCUCAGACAUUAUUCGACUGCCAAACGACAAUUGUAUCGGUGAUAGAGAAGGUGAAAGCAAAGUCCGGUGACAUGGUUAUACCGAAAAACAGCGCCUUUCGAGCAGCAAAUCAUAUUAUCGCUCUAAAGGGCCACUUGAAGGAGUGGUUCAGCUUCUACACUGGCUAUGAUCCGACAUUCGACUGGUGGGUGGCGCAUCCAUACGGAGUCAUUGACCAGAGUCUGCAGGACCUCGCAGCUACGAUCAAGGAGGUUCUCGUUGAGAUCAAACCGGGGGAUGAUGACGCCAUUGUUGGCCAGCCGAUAGGGCGUGAAGGACUGCUCUUUGAGCUCAGAGCCGAAAUGUUCCCGUACACGCCAGAGGAGAUCAUCUCCAUCGGCGAGAAAGAAUUCGACUGGUGCAUCACCGAGAUGAAAAAAGCAUCACGAAGUAUGGGAUACAGUGACGACUGGAAGAAGGCCCUGGAAGAAGUCAAGAAUGAUUUUGUUGAGCCUGGCCAGCAGACACAACUUGUUCGGGAUCUCGUUCAUGAAGCCGUGUUAUUUGUGGAAGAUCACGACCUUGUUACAGUCCCCGAAAUUGCUAAGAACAGUUGGCAAAUGUUCAUGAUGUCCCCCGAGAGACAAAAAGUAAACCCAUUCUUUCUAGGUGGCGAUUGUAUAAUCGUGUCCUACCCUACUGAUGCGAUGGACCAUGAAGCCAAGAUGAUGAGCUUGCGUGGGAACAACAUUCAUUUCUCGCGGGCCACUGUCUUCCACGAAAUGAUUCCCGGGCACCAUCUACAAAUGUAUAUGAACGCCAGGCACAGGCCAUAUCGUCGCGUGUUUGACACGCCCUUCUGGAUUGAGGGGUGGUCCUUGUAUUGGGAAUUCUUCCUUUGGAACGACGAGCGAUGGAUCAAGACACCUCAAAAUCGCAUUGGCAUGUUAUGGUGGCGGCUGCAUCGAUGCGCCCGGAUAAUUUUCUCCGUCAAUUUCCACCUUGGUCGAAUGUCCCCCCAAGAGUGUAUUGAUCUCCUUGUGGAGGAUGUUGGACACGAACGCGCUACGGCAGAGGGCGAGGUCAGGCGGUCGUUAAACGGGGAUUAUUCGCCCCUCUACCAGGCUGGGUACAUGUUAGGAGCACUGCAAAUAUUCGCUUUGCGUAAAGAGAUGGUUGACGCGCGACGCAUGUCGGAGAAAGAGUUCCAUGACCGAUUCCUUAAGGGCAACCGGAUGCCCAUCGAGAUGGUGCGGGCACUGAUGCAAGACCAGCCCCUUUCUCCGGAGUUCCAGCCGUCCUGGAGAUUUUACCCACUCUGA